CCCUUUUUUCCCAUCUCUCGCCAAAAUACCUUUACACCGAUUGGGCGUUCCGAGAUCGACAUUAGGUCAAAUCCGUACGUUCUAAUUUGCUCUUAAUAUGUACGGUCGUACAGGAGUUAAGACAUCAUCAGGGUCUAGGGACCCCGAGAGCCGGUUAGUUGCAGCGAUGUCUUGUCCGCUUGUCUGAUGGGAAGUCUAUCUGACUGACAAGUUACUAAUAAAAGACGGUUCGAGGUCGGUCCAGCGACGGACGAGAACCGAUAAUACUACACGUUUGGGCGGCGGCUGUCGCUGGUCCCUGAGCACGUCAUCGAGGCUAAAUACUAUUCGAUUGAAUUUUUAAAUUUUUUUUAACCCACGCUGCCAUGUUCUAGCUUCCCCCUGUUCUCUUUCUCGUAAGGCGGGAGCUCGCGCGUACAUGCAUCCAAUGCAUCCUACAUGUAUACAUGUGCUAUUCCUUGCCUAUUGUCCGCUACCGAUUACGUAGUCUGGACGGCACCGGAGUCAACUUUAGUGGAUAGUAUCCUCUCUCUCCCCUUCUUGUUCUCUUGUUUUUAUAACCUUAUUAAGUUUCUGUAAUUUACACAUACAUACGUGUAUACGUGUGUGAUAAUUUCGCCGUCCAAUUCUCUACUUGCUGUUGAAUUAAUCGAGUUAUCUCGUGCCGACCUAUCUGACGACUCCCGUCUUCCCCAAUACCACCCGCAGCGCCGCGCUUCGAGACUAUGGCGAACCCUCCCCAUGGCGGAGUUCUCAAGGACCUCAUUGCGCGAGAUUUCCCUAGACAGGCCCAACUUGCAGCCGAAGCUGAGACGCUGCCCGCCAUUACCUUGACCGAGAGGCAACUUUGCGAUCUCGAAUUGAUCCUCAAUGGGGGGUUUUCACCUCUUGAAGGCUUCAUGAACGAGGCUGACUACAAAGGUGUCGUGAAGGAUAAUAGGCUAGCCGACGGUGUUUUGUUCAGCAUGCCCAUUACUUUGGAUGUUUCCGAAGAGAUUAUUCAAGAGGUUGACCUCAAGCCAGGCGUUCGGGUUACGCUACGCGAUCUCCGGGACGACAGGAACUUAGCUAUCCUCACGGUCGACGAUAUCUACAAACCAGACAAGGUCCUUGAGGCUAAGGAAGUCUUUGGGAGUGAUGACGAAGCCCACCCCGCUGUCAAGUACCUGUUCCGGACAGCUGCCGAUUUCUACGUGGGCGGUAAAGUAGACGCGGUUAACCGUCUACAGCACUACGACUUUGUAGAUCUUCGAUACACUCCGGCCGAGCUCCGGUUACAUUUUGAUAAGCUUGGUUGGAGCCGAGUUGUCGCUUUCCAGACGAGGAAUCCCAUGCACCGUGCGCAUCGAGAGUUAACCGUACGGGCCGCUCGUUCUCACCACGCAAAUGUACUUAUUCAUCCGGUCGUCGGUUUGACGAAGCCCGGAGACAUUGACCACUUUACGCGCGUGCGAGUCUACAAGGCUCUUUUGCCGAGGUAUCCCAAUGGCAUGGCAGUCUUGGGUCUUCUUCCCUUAGCCAUGCGAAUGGGUGGUCCCCGUGAAGCUAUCUGGCACGCCAUUAUCCGCAAGAACCACGGAGCAACCCACUUCAUCGUUGGUCGCGACCACGCAGGGCCCGGGAAGAACAGCCAAGGCGUAGACUUCUAUGGACCUUACGAUGCCCAGUAUGCGGUUGAGAAAUACCGCGACGAGCUUGGUAUUGAGGUUGUGCCAUUCCAAAUGAUGACCUACUUGCCUGACAAGGACGAGUACGCUCCCGUUGAUCAGAUCCCCAAGGAUACCCGCACACUAAAUAUCUCCGGGACGGAACUGCGCUCGAGGUUGAGGAGCGGUCGAGACAUUCCCGAGUGGUUCUCUUAUCCCGAGGUCGUUAAGGUGCUGCGCGAGUCGCAUCCUCCGCGAGCUGCUCAAGGGUUCACCAUCUUCUUGACUGGCUACACAAACAGCGGGAAGGAUCAAAUUGCGAGGGCCCUUCAGGUCACCCUCAACCAGCAGGGUGGUCGAUCGGUAUCUAUGCUCCUUGGCGAAACCGUCCGCCACGAGCUAUCAUCAGAAUUAGGCUUUAGCAGAGAAGACCGCAGCAGAAACAUUGCUCGCAUUGCUUUCGUCGCCGGCGAGUUGACCAGAUCUGGCGCUGCCGUCAUUGCUGCUCCCAUCGCGCCGUUCGAUAAUGACCGGGCUGCCGCCAAGGAAACAGUUGAGAGAUAUGGUGACUUCUACCUUGUCCAUGUCGCCACUCCGCUCGAGUACUGCGAAAAGACUGACAAACGGGGGAUAUACGCUAAGGCUCGCGCCGGUGAGAUCAAAGGAUUCACGGGCGUUGACGACCCGUAUGAGCCUCCGUCUAAAGCCGAUUUGGUUGUCGAUUGCGAAAAGCAGAGUGUUCGCUCCAUUGUGCAUCAAAUUGUGUUGAUGUUGGAGAGCCGUGGUCUGCUAGAUCGCUUGUGAACUCGAUCACAUUAAUACGGAUUCCUAUCAAGUCUGUGGUGGGAUUUAAGAAUGAUAGAAAGAAUUUCAAAGGUACCUAGGUAGGCAAAGGAAAGCCCCCAUAGAUAUGAGAUUUGCAUAUUGAGGUAGCGAAAGAGUAUGUAUGUAUUUAUUUUCUCUAAGAGCAUCGACUACAUGGUAUCCGAACCUAAAUGGUUCUAUAUCGAAACGAGUUGUCGAUCUCAUUGAACCUCUACUUGAACAUAUACUACUAAAAUGAUGCGCAAGUUUAGAGGCUAAAGCGUAGAUACCCUAGCCAGGUUUUUAUACAAUUUUUGACUGGGGAUUGGGAUGUGCGGAUUUAAAAAUAAAAAUAAAAUACAAUAGAUGUAUUCAGAAAUGCCAAGGUACCUAGGUAGGUUAUGUACAUCAAUGUUAUGCAGGAAUCUGUGUG